UGAGAUUUAUAUGGUCGAGAUAGAGGAACGUUAUUAUUUCAAACGUGUUCGCGCACGCUGUUUACUGAACAUUCACUUACUUUUGGUUUUUAGAGCAAUUUCGGCAAACUUCAGUAUUUUAAAACGUUCUUCGCUGGGUUAUCACGUUAAUAUAAUAAUUCAGAUCUUUUAAUCAUCACUAUGGACGACUCUAACCGACCGUCUUCGUAUCUGGACGAGCCUCCAAACAGUCGGCUGUUUCUGGUCACCAGUAAAUCCAUCACUGAGGACACCAUCCGGGAAAGCUUCGCCUCUUUUGGAGAAAUCCAGGAUAUAUGGGUGGUAAAAGACAAGCAGACCAAAGAGUCCAAAGGAGUGGCGUUUAUUAAAUUCUCCAAAUCCUCUCAAGCCUGCACCGCUAUGGAGGAGAUGCACGGCAGAUGUCUGGUCGAGGGAACCAAACCUAUAAAAGUGUUCAUCGCUCAGUCCAGGUCUUCUGGAAGCCACCGAGAUGUGGAGGAUGAGGAGCUCACGAGAAUAUUUGUGAUGAUCCCGAAAACAUUCUCUGAGGAUGAUUUAAAAGAAACAUUUAAGGUGUAUGGAGAUAUAGAGUACGCCAUCAUUAUACGAAAUAAGACCACUGGUGAAAGCAAAGGUCUGGGAUACGUCAGAUUCCACAAACCUUCACAAGCCGCCAAAGCUGUUGAAAACUGCGAUAAGACUUUCAGAGCUAUUAUAGCAGAGCCCAGAACCAAGAAUUCAUCAGCAGACAAUGAGUAUUUCAGCAACCCCAGGACGACGGAGCACUCCACCAGUGAUCUGGGCUCCAGCUCAUACGCAUUUGCUCAGGAGUCCAGCAGCUACAGCGCAGCAGAUUCCUAUAGCUCUGACAUCAUCACCCGCUGCCUGAUGGUGUCCUCGCGGAUAUCCGUCUCACAGGAGCAGAUCUACAGCCUGUUUGACAUCAUCCCGGGCCUGGACUACUGCGAGAUACAGAGAGAUCAAUACGGCUUCAGCAAAGGUCAGGUGGUGGUUCGGUAUAGUAACCUGGGCUCCUCGGUGUAUGCUAAAGAGAAGCUGAACGGGUUCGAGUAUCCUCCUGGAAACCGGCUCACUGUAUCCUUUGUGGAUGAUGGAGAGGACAGAACAAGUCCUGUGGGGAAGAUGGCGAUGCAGCUCGUGGCGGCCCAGAUGAUGUCUAUGGUGUGGAACGGCCCUUCUGCUUCACAGCUAAUGAAGACUAGCGCGGGCUUCACAGCAUCCCCUUUACCCCAGAAGGCACGCUUGCAGACAGACGCGUCUCUCCCUGCUCCUAAGAAGCUGCUCGCGCUUGACAGUGUGGUGAAGGAGAGGCUGUUUGUCAUCUUCAACCCCUCGCCUCUGCCGGUGGAAGUGCUGGAGGACGUCUUCUGUCGUUUCGGAUCCCUGAUUGAGGUGUACUUGGUCCCGGGCCGGAACGUGGGGUAUAUUAAGUAUGCCGACCGUAGAAAUGCGCACGAUGCCAUAGAUACCAUGCACGGUAAAGUGGUUAACGGGGUCAAGAUGAAGGUGAUGCUGGCCGACCCACCCAAAGAAGAGUCGCAUAAGCGCCAGAGAACUUACUGACCUUAUGACACACACAGAGGUUUAAGUGACAUUGACGCAUGACCUCGACAUGACAGGACGAGUUUUUACGGUGACACGACGGACGCUGACUGCCGUACUGCCGUUUCAGUUCUUUAAUCAAUAAGGAAGACUUUCUGCUUUCCUUUAGUUUCAUGUUUACUGUUAGUCAACUACCAGUGUUGGAGACAUUUAGGGAGACUUCACCCAAACAUAGUGUUAUCCUCAACCUGUAUGACUUUCUUUCUUUCUUCUUUUGCUUUUUGCCUCUUUCUUUAGUUGUUUUGUUUCUUGCUUUUGUCCUUUUUUGUUUCUUCUCUCU